CUAAACUACAAACGAGAGGCCUAUUCCCUCUCCAGUAAUAGUCAACCAUGCUGAGAAUAUGUAUGCUACUGUUGGCAUUCUCUACCAGUACUAAUGCAUUCUUAUGGAAUCUACUUGGCCUCGGAGGAGGAGGCGGUCUCGGAGGUCUUUUCGGAGGUGGUGCCCCUGGAAUGGGAGCUGGAGCUGGCGGUUGUUGUUGCUGUUGCUGUCCAGCGGCUGCUGCAGCUCCACCACAACCACCACCGAUGCCUGCAUGUCCUCCUUGCCCUCCCUGCGGCGGCGUCGGCGGCGUCGGCGUAGGUGGAGGUGGCUGUCCUGGCGGAGGCGCAGUCGCACCACCACCCGUAUAUGCUCCACCACCUCCGCCGCCGCCACCACCACCACCACCGCCACCACCGCCACCACCACCACCGCCACCACCUCCUCCGCCACCUCCGGCACCCGCUCCUGCUCCUUAUGGUGCUCCUGUUGGACCAGCUGCACCGGUUGCACCAGUAGCGCCCGCUGCUCCGCCGCCAAUCUACCUGGUUGUGCCACAAAUCGUCACUGGAGGAUGUGACGGUGGAGGUGGUGCAGGCGGUGGCGGCGCUGUUGGCGGCGGAGGCUAUGGUGGAGGCGGCGGUGGCGGCCCUGUUGGUGGCGGAGGCUACGGCGGUGGCGGAGGUGCAGGUCCUGGAUGCGAAGCUCCACCACCACCACCACCACCACCUCCAUCAGGUGGUGGCGGCUAUGGCGUAGGCGGAGGUGGUGGCGGCGGCUACAGCGGUGGCGGCGGCGGCGGCGGAGGCGGCGGCUACCUCGUAGUAGUUUAG